UUCCCCAAAUGUUCCGUAGUUCAGGACAAGUACGGUGGCAAAUAGUUCCAUCAAAAGCCAUUUAAACCGCGAAGCAGAGCGAUUAAUCGUUGAAAACGCAGACAUUUUCGACUCUCUCUUUCUCUCUCUCUCUCUCUCUCUCUCUCCAUAUACUACCUUGGACUCUCUCUCUCCUCUGCUACAAACCGCACACACGAAACAGAGCACGCACAGAGUUACACCCUCUCGCAAUGGAGUUCUCGCACGGCUCUCGUCAAUCUCUGAUCCCGAGCUUCAUAUACUCCCCCUCCACGUCUCUGUCAACGAAACUCACCGACUUAGACCGCUUCGCCACGACUCGAAACCCCGCGGUGCGUUCCUCGGCGUCGGUUUCGCCGUCGACGGAGGAGAAGAGGAAGAGCUUCGUGAUCCCGGCUCCCAGCGAGCCUGCAGGCAAGAUAGCGAUGUACUCGCCGGCAUUCUAUGCCGCCUCUGCAGCCGGAGGAAGCCUCAGCUGUGGGCUUACUCACACGGCCCUCACCCCUCUCGACAUCGUCAAGUGUAACAUGCAGAUUGAUCCUACAAAGUACAAGAGCAUUUCUUCUGGAUUUGGAGUUCUGUUCAAGGAGCAGGGAGCCAAAGGUUUCUUUAGGGGUUGGGUGCCAACCUUGCUUGGUUACAGUGCUCAGGGUGCUUUCAAGUACGGAUUAUACGAUUUCUUCAAGAAGUACUACUCGGACAUUGCUGGUCCAGAAUAUGCAGCAAAGUAUAAAACCUUGAUUUACCUUGCUGGCUCUGCAUCUGCUGAAGUAUUUGCUGAUGUUGCUCUCUGCCCCUUCGAGGCAGUGAAGGUUCGUGUCCAAACUCAGCCUGGGUUUGCCAAAGGUUUGUCAGAUGGCCUUCCGAAAUUCGUCAAGUCUGAAGGUGCUCUUGGGCCUUACAAAGGGCUUGUUCCUCUUUGGGGAAGACAGAUUCCCUAUACAAUGAUGAAGUUUGCAACUUUUGAGACUCUUGUGGAGAAGUUUUACAAGUAUGCCGUCCCAACCCCCAAGGACCAGUGCAGCAAUACUUUUCAGCUUGGAGUAAGCUUCGGCUGUGGAUAUGUUGCUGGUAUUUUCUGUGCUGUUGUAUCACAUCCUGCUGAUAACCUGGUCUCCUUUCUUAACAAUGCCAAGGGGGCAACAGUGGGCGAUGCUGUCAAGAAGAUGGGCUUGUGGGGUCUGUUUACCCGUGGUCUUCCGCUCCGUAUAGUUAUGAUUGGAUCCCUUACUGGUGCCCAAUGGGGAAUCUAUGAUUCUUUCAAAGUUUUCGUUGGCCUGCCAACUACUGGUGGUGCUGCUCCUCUCCCUGCCACUGUUCCUGUGAAGAUGUAAAGUUGGAGUCGACAGUUAACAAAUACGAAGCAAAUCUCUCUGACGACUUCAAGAAGGUUUGAUUUCUACUUUUGCAGAUUAAUCAUAUAAGGAUUGGUGAUGCCUCCUGGAUGGAAAUUUCAUUUUUGUGGGGAUUGUAUUCUGUAAAGAACAGAUUAGUAUGUGUUUCCAUUAUUUGUUGUAGUAUUUGAUUUUUUUUUGAGGAUGGUUUUUGUUUCAUCCUCUGCCGAAACUGCUCGUUGAUAUGUACUGAUAUAUUGAUGUCAUAGGCAUAUGGUUUUGCACUUGGUGUGAUAUUAUACAAUAAUGAGGUAGAAUAUUUCUCUCA